UCGCUCCUUUCAAGCGCGAAGCGCCAAUGCUUUUUUGCAUUGUCUAUGUUGCAUCUACGGCCCGGUUGUAUCGAACGAGCGUAACCAUUCCUCUCUAAAGUUCCAGCUUCACUAUCCUGUGCUCAUGGACGCGCCUCAUCUGGACGCCUUGUUAAGCAUCCGCGCAACGCAUCUUUGUCACGAUAAGGUAUGUCGCAGAAGAGUACGUAUCCUGCUAUGGGUAAGCGCCCUCGCCAUCAUACUCUACUGCAGUAUUCUGCAAGAGCAGGAGCAGAGCAGAAAACCUGUCGGACAGCAUGAAACAGUUCACAUCCUCAUGUUCUUCGCUAAAGCUGAGAAGAAUGACCAGCUUCAACAGCAACUUCGAGCCAACAUUAGGUCUUUGGUGAAGCAUGCAACUGGUCGGAUCAAGUACCAUUUCCUGGGCGACGCGAACAGCACCCGGAUCGCAGCCGAUAUCCUGGAAAACGUGUUCGAUACUAUUCCGCACGGAGAGGAUCUAGUCAUACAGGUGCAGACAUACGAAGUCGAAUCGGUCGUCGCGAAAGUAGGACACGACGUAUGGCCUAUUCAGCAGUUGUUUAAAAGUUACCGAAAGAAAUACAAUCUCUUCAACGACAUAUUUUACUUCAUUCCGUUUGCCCUUCACAAGGUCAUUGACCUGUCUGAGGUCGAUCGCAUCAUCAAAGUGGAUGCCGACAUGAGAUUAAUGAACGACAUUCGGAAACUUUGGCGGGAGUUUGAUGAAUUCAAAGAGGAGACAAUAUUCGCGCUGGCUCAAGAGCAACAACCUGUAUAUUAUCAAAGGUUUGCGAAGGCACGCGAGGCUGUUGGUGACGACAGGCUGGGCAUGCCGCCACCUAGUGGCAAACCGGGUUACAAUGGUGGCCUCUACCUUAUCAACCUCGACCACAUGUCGAAAUCUAAGAAAUAUCAAGCGGCGGUAUCUGAGAGAAAUCUGAGAUAUAUAAUGCGAAAGUACUAUUUCACGAAAUCGCAUCUCGGCGACCAAGAAGUGGUGACGAUAUUGGGCAUGGAGUAUCCCGAACUGUUUCACACGCUGCCGUGCACGUGGAAUCGGCAGCUGUGCCGCAAGUAUGCGCGCUCCAUCACCAUGCCCUCGGCUUAG